AUGGUGCGUUUCACUACCUUGGCUUUCCUGGCAUUGGUCAUCUCACUUCAGGCGCUCUCUGGAUGUGAUGCUAUAUUACGAGUUCGAAAAAGGAGGUCGGGGGUCAGAGUGAACAACAACAACAACAACAACAACAACAAUAACAACAACAACAACAACAAUAAUAACAACAACAACAAUAACAAUAACAACAAUAAUAACAACAAUAACAAUAACAAUUUGUGGUGGAAUAACAUUCCUCCAUUGCAAAACGAAGUAGCUUACGUCGUUGCUAUCCACGCUGGAUCUACCGGCAGCACAUUGUUCAUCUACAAAAUCAGCCUUAACAGGAACGUAAAUGUGGUCACUGUGUCACGCAUUGAGCUGUUGCAAAACUCUCUUGGAGAAGUCAAACCGGCGCUGUCUUCGCUGACAAGUCAAAAAUGCGAAGUUUCCUCCUACCUCGAGAAGUUUGUUGAGGAAGCGAAAAAGAUUGUUCCGGAAUCCAGCUGGCUGUCAACACCCAUUUUAUUUCUGGCGAAAAAAGGAGCAGAUAAAGCUGUAAUGGAUAAAGUAAGUAAUUCACCUGCAUUUCUUAUUCCUCAUGAGCUUGCUACGCCAGUGUAGGAAAAGAGAAGAAAUUAAUUCGAAUUGUGAGCUAUAAUUUUUUUUUUGUGAAGAGACUGCAAGGCCAAGCACUGCACAUAUAUAAUUUGACUGUUACUUGGUAUGGAACCUUUUGUAAUUGUAAAAUUAUCAGUAAGAUAAAAAUUAGACAAACAUGAAAAGUACUAAAAAACAGCUUCACAGGUAUUUUUGCUUACACCCAAAAUCAACUGAGCAGAUUAAAUUGGCGUGUAAGUAGACCGUGUGGUAUCUUCGCCUUCUUCUAAAAGGCAGGCAGAUGGCUAAAGUAUUCAUUUAUGCACGGAAGAACUUUCGUCAUAGAUAUUUCUUUCAUUGUUAGUAACCUUCACAAUGAAAUUCAUUAAUAAAUGUACAAAACCUUUAAAUUGACACUAACAACUGUAACUGUUUGUCAUAACCACAGGUGAAGGACGUGCUGCGGGAUAAAUACGUUUCGCCAUUCCUGUUCAAAGAUGACAAUGUGGUGACCAUUUCCAAAACGAAUGAGGCAUUCUUUAGUUGGAUCUUCAACGCCCUUCAAAUUCCAGUUGUUGUGCUCUUUACACCAUUUGCUUAG